GCAGGCCGGGGAAAGGCCCCGCCGGGACUCCAGCGGGGGCAGGACGGCCAGGGGGCGGCGGGAGCUGCGAGGCGGAGGAAGAGGGUGCCGGAGCCCGGCAGGAACAAGGCCACGGUCAAGGGCAGAGUCGUGAAGUCGGCGAUAGAGGAGUAUCACAAGAAGAAGGCCGUGAAUCACUUGAGAGCAAACCUGCAGUACAUGCUGAAGGGACGAUUUGUUGCAAACAAAGCUAUCACAGAACAAAUUCUUGCUCAGAACAGAGGCAGGAAGUCUAAAGAUCAGCCUCCAAAGAAGGUGGAAAAGAAGAAGCCCGAGGGCACUGUUUUUACUGAGGAAGAUUUCCGUAAAUUUGAGAGAGAAUACUUUGGGAGACCAUAAACAACGUGACAAGGAUUCUUGCAGCUCC